AUGCCAGCCGAUGAUAAAAAGAGAAAGAGAGUAAUAGACGAUGAUGUUAGUGAAGAGGAAGAAGUGGAGGAGAAAGUUAAAAUUGAAGUCGUAAAGAAAGAAACCAAAAAGAAGAAAGAAACUCCAAAAGAAACAAAGAAAGAAGAAGAAGAGUCUUCAUCAGCAGCAGCGGCAGCUGCAGCAUCUUCUAGCGUAGAGGAUAUUUACAAGUGGUGGCAAGAAUCCGAUGAAAAGAUCCAAGAAAUACUUUCUUCCGAUCAAAAGUGGAAUACAUUGAAGCACAACGGAGUUUUGUUUCCACCUGAUUACGAACCUCAUGGCAUUCCAGUUUACUACGAUGGAAAGUCAGUAAAAUUAACUCCUGAGCAAGAGGAGGUUGCAACCAUGUAUGCUUCCAUGUUGGAAUCGGAUUAUGUCAAGAAACAGCAAUUUAAUGACAAUUUUUGGAACGCUUGGAAAGAAUUGCUUGGAAAAAAUCAUACCAUUAAAUCUUUGAGCAAGUGUGAUUUCUCAAAGAUUUGGGAACAUUUAUUGACCGAAAAAGAGAAGAAGAAUGGUCGAUCAUCCGAAGAAAAAAAGGCAGAAAAAGAAGAAAAAGCAAAAUUUGAGGAUGCCUAUAAGUAUGCUCUUGUCGAUGGAAGAAAGGAGAAGGUUCAACAAUAUAAAAUUGAGCCUCCAGCUCUCUUUAGAGGAAGAGGAACUCAUCCAAAGAUGGGUCAACUCAAAAAGAGAAUUCAACCUGAAGAUAUUACAAUCAAUAUUGGUAGGCUUGAAGAUUGUCCUCCACCUCCAGUGGGCCACCAAUGGGGAGCAGUCGUUUCCAAUAAUACGGUCUUGUGGUUAGCUGCUUACAAGGAUGUAAUUAAUAACAAGAACAAAUACGUACAAUUUGCGAGCGGAUCCAGUUUGAAAGCUAUGAAUGAUUAUCUUAAGUAUCAAACUGCUCGAAAUUUGAAAGAUUGUAUCGAAAAGAUUAGAGAAGACUACAAAAAACAAUGGACGGAUAGCAGUGAAUCAGAGAGACAGCUUGGAGUUGCUAUUUAUUUUAUUGAUAAGCUUGCUUUGAGAGUUGGUAAUGAAAAGGAUGAUGAAGAGGAGGCUGAUACAGUUGGUUGUUGCAGCUUAAGAGUCGAACAUAUUACGUUAGUUCCACCUUCCUCAAUCAAAUUUGAUUUCCUUGGUAAAGAUUCCAUCAGAUAUGAAAAUACAGUGGAAGUAGAGAAAGCUGUCUACAAGUGUGUUAAAAGCUUUGUGGAAGGAAAGAAACCCACUGACAUGCUUUUCAACAAAAUUAACCCAACCAAACUCAAUGAACAUUUGAAAUCCUACAUGGAAAAAUUAUCUGCCAAGGUUUUCCGUACCUAUAAUGCUUCCAUUACUUUGGAUCGAGAGUUAAAGAGGCUCGAAAAAGACAUUACCACCGAUAUGACUGUUGCUGAGAAAGUUAGUCUUUAUAACACUGCAAACAGACAAGUUGCUAUUCUAUGUAAUCACCAACGUGCAGCUCCUAAAACUUUUGAUUCCUCAGUAGAAACCAUGGACAAAAAGAUUGAGGCCCAAGUUUCUUAUAUGGAAAGAUUGAAAAAAGCUCUCAAAGACAUUUCAAAGUCUGGAUAUGAUGAAGUGAAAGAGAAAUGGGAGAAAGACAAUCAAAAGAUUUUGAAACUUUAUGAAAAAGAGGUUGAAGAAUUCGAGCAGAAACAAAAGGAUAUUGAAUUGAAGGCCAAGAAUGCUGGAAAAUCAGUUGCAGCGUUCUUGGGAAGUGCAAAGAAAGAAAAAGCUCCAAAGAAGCCAACUCUUCCAGUGCUUCCUAAAACUACAGAGGCUAUCGAAAGCAAGAUCGAGGCUGUCAAGAAGAAAGUUGAGGAAAUGAAUCACGAGAAGAAGAUGAAAAUUGACAACAAAACAGUUGCGCUUUCCACCUCCAGACUUAAUUAUUGUGAUCCAAGAAUUACAGUUGCAUGGUGUAAGCGAACGAAUGUCCCUAUCCAAAAGCUGUUUUCCAAGACUUUGCAAGACAAAUUCCCUUGGGCUCUUGAUUGCGGCACUGAUUUCACUUUUUAA